CGGACGCGACAGCCCGACAGCCGCGCCGCCGCCGGCUCCGGGCUCUGCGGGGGAGGUUUCAGGUUUCAGUGCUCGCAGGAGCCCGGGCCGUGGCAGCGCGCCCCGUGCGGCCGCCCCCGCCUCCGCGUCUCGGCCGCGGCCGCGCGCUCGUCGGCCCUGGACGGAGGUUGGGCGCCGGGCCGCGGCCGCCGCCGGGCUGCUGUCGCCGGGCGCGCGGGGAGGCGGCGGUCGCCGCUGGGCCGGGACUUCCUUCCUCUGCCGCAGGACAGCAAAACAGCCCGGCCGCAGGCGCGGAGCUGCCGGCAGCUGUCUGGGCGGGAGGCGCCGCGAUGGGCUCCGUGCUGAGCAGCGACAGCGCCAAAGCCGCCCCCGCCUCGGCCGCCUCCCGGGCCCUGGAGCGCAGGGGCGACCCCGAGCUGCCCGUCACGUCCUUCGACUGCUCCGUGUGCCUCGAGGUGCUGCACCAGCCGGUCCGGACCCGCUGUGGCCACGUAUUCUGUCGUUCCUGUAUCGCUACCAGUCUGAAGAACAAUAGGUGGACCUGUCCUUAUUGCCGGGCGUAUCUUCCCUCAGAAGGAGUUCCAGCCACUGAUGUAGCCAAGAGAAUGAAGUCAGAGUACCAGAACUGCACUGAGUGUGACACACUGGUUUGCCUCAGCGAAAUGAGGGCACACAUAAGAUCUUGUCAGAAGUAUAUAGAUAAAUACGGACCACUGCAGGAACUUGGGGAGACGGCAACCAGGUGUGUAUGUCCGUUUUGUCAGAGGGAAUUGGAUGAAGACAGUUUGCUGGAUCACUGUAUUACUCAUCACAGAUCAGAAAGGAGAUCUGUGUUCUGUCCACUUUGCCGUUUACUACCUAAUGAGAAUCCAGGCAGCUUUAGUGGCAGUUUAAUAAGACAUUUGCAAGUCAACCACACUUUGUUUUAUGAUGAUUUCAUAGAUUUUAAUAUAAUUGAGGAAGCUCUUAUCCGAAGGGUCUUAGACCGGUCACUUCUGGAAUAUGUGAAUCACUCAAACACCACAUAAUUUUAUUAAAAGGAAAGGGAAGGAGACCGUACAGUUGCACCAUGUGUUCAGAUGCUGCUUGAACAAUUGGAGGGAAAUCGUCAAUGUUCAGUGGGCAAAAAUGUACAACACAGUUAUAUGUUUGUUCAUGUUUAUAAUUAUAUUGCAUUUUAAGAUUGCUUUCAUUUUGAUGGCUUAAAUCUGUUUUACAUUCUUGAGUUUUUUAGACACUUAACAACAAAAAAUAGCCUCUAUCAGCCAUUAAUAUGUGGAAGAGAACAUAAGGCAGGAUAUGUGGGUGAAGGAUCUUUUUUUGCAAAUUGGAUGAUACUGUGUGUAAUGCUAUAUAUUAGUAACUACUGUCAUGAUUGGGCAAGAUAACUAAUCUUUGUUCUAUAUAAAAAGAUGCGGGGUGAAACCAAGUACAGAUAUUCUGUUCUAGUGCUUAUCUAAUCUCUAAUAAAAUAAUAUGAGUAGCCUUGUAUUGGAGUAGGAGAGGAAAAUUUUGCAGGUCAACAAAGUCCACUUAACCAAAUUAUAAAACAUAAUACUGUAACAAAAUAAAUUUUGUGUUAGGAAUGUAUACUUAAUUCUUUGACUUUUUGUAACUAUGCACAAUAAGAAUUUAAUAUUAUAUUUUUCAAAUAUUUGUAGCUUAUCAUUUAGAAAUAUUUCUAUAAUAUAGGCAAUUUCUUAAGAACCUUCGGCUGAUAUUUAUAGUAGAAGUGUUCACAUCUAUAAUUUUUAGUGGAAAACCCUAAGGGCUUUGAUUUUUUUUUUUUACUUUUAUUCUUUAGAAAAAACAUAAAAUAUAAAUACUUUAAACCAAACAAAAUGUAGCUUUUUACAUCAUUCUAAGGAAACACUGUUUUAGAAUUCUGCCAGCCAUUCUGUCUUCUGUGUGUCCAGUUGCAGUUAUCAACCAUCUUCUCAAACUCCACAGAAGUAACCACUACAGUGAUAGCCAUUGUAAUCACUUCCUUGGAUUUCUUUAUUAUUACCCAAGUGUGUAUCUCUACACACUAUAUUUCAAUCUUAUCCAUUUAAAAUUGUUUUAUUGGCUAUAUCUUUUACAUCUUUUUAAUCCAUAAGUUCUCCUUUUCUUUUCCUUGGAGUUUCCUGAAGAACUUGAUCUUAUGACCUAUAGAGUUUCCCACAAUCUGUAUUUUGCUGAUUGCAUACUCAUGGUGCAACUCAGCAUGUUCCUCUUUCCUCUGGAUAUUGACACAUGGAUCCAGAUGUUUGAAUACACUCAGGUUCAAUCCUAUUUGGCAAACUAUAGUUGAUGGUGUGUUCUUUCAUCAGAGGGUACACUGUGUCUGGUUCUCUCUUUCUGUGAUGUCAGCUGAAAUUGAUACUUAUUGUCUGGAUCCAUUGAUUUAUUGUGAGUUGGAGGAUAUUCUAUCAUUUCUCUUUCAUUUAUUAGCUGGAACAUUUUUAUAAAGAAAUGUUUCCUCACAUCUAUUAUUUGGUUAACCAGUGGUUAAGUUUGUAUAGGAAAAAAAAAAGUUUGUAUAGGAAAGGGAAAGUAAUUAUUUGUAUUUUCCCUUCAUUUACUGAUUUUCAAGAUAAUAAACUUGAUUCCUGUUA